AUGACAAAAUGGUUGACAUGGUCAAAAGUAAAAAUAGGUGCUAUAACCUUUAACGGUAUAUGGUUCGCCAUUAUAUACCACAGCUACGUUUCUAGAAGACCCAAAUAUCGAGAGUGUGAUGCACCUUCCGAAACCCAUCGACUUAGGAUCUUCAAUUCUAUAGCACAAAAUUACGAUGCAAUCCAUAAACCCAUUGAGAAAAAACUGGGACUUGAAAAUAAGAGACUUAAACAUUUUAGACAAGCUAGAGGUCAUGUUUUGGAACUAGGAAGUGGUACAGGCCUCAAUUUGAAUUGUUACAAGAAUAUUCAUUCCCUAACUUGUGUGGACAAAUCCCUACAAAUGUGCAAAGAAUUGACUAAAAAUGUGCAAAAGUUAAAACCUGAUUUUCCCGUAAUAAUAAUACAUGGAGAUGCAUCCAAAUUGCCAUUUGACAAUUGCAGUUUCGAUACAAUUGUCACGACACAUACAUUGUGUUCUGUUGAAAAUCCAGAAGGAACUAUUUCAGAGAUUAAUAGAGUAUUGAAGAGGAAGGGGAGGUACUUGUCUAUAGAGAGGGGAAAGAUUUAUUACGGAGUUACUAGGCGCAUUAUGCAAUUUUUGGAUUUAUAUCCCAAUCCGGUAAUCCCUUGGGAAAACGGAUAUUACGAAGACAGGGACCCACAUGAACUAAUUUCAAAUAUGGAUAUCAAAGCAAUGAAGGUAUUCAACUACGGCGUACAUUACAUGGUUACGGCAUCCAAAUGUUUAUCUAACAAUGAUAAUGAAAUAUUUGAUUUGGAAAACAAGCCUGGGAUUCCAAAGCCCAAUGAAGGUGCAAAAAUAUUUUACAAAUACACAGUUGAAUGA